AUGUGCAGGUAUGAGUUCGGAGGACCAUUUGGCGUCGUUGCUAUCAUGACAGGGUUUCCAAUCCUGAUGUACUACUUCUGGAUCUGUCUUGUGUUCUAUGACGGUAAUUUGGUGCAUCCGACGUCGGCGGGCGAUCUCAAGCCCUUCCUUUGGCGUAUGUGGGAACAUAUCCGUACGGACGCGAGCCCCAACUUGUAUGCUUGGAAGGUUUACACUGGUCUAAUUGUUUAUCAACUCUUCCUUGCCUGGGUCCUCCCCGGCUACAUGCAAGAAGGCCUCCCUGUCCCAUCUCUUGGAUACAAGACCUUGAUGUACAAGUGCAAUGCGAUUUGGUCCAUCUAUGCGACGAUGAUCACUGCUGCCGUCUUGCAUAACACUGGUAUCUUCCGCAUGACGGAAAUUAUCGACCACUUCGGGCACCUCAUGACUGUCGCCAUGAUUUACGGCUUUGGAGUCUCAUUCUUCAUGUACUUCAUCACCGUGGCUACUGGCAACCAGAUCCGCAUGUCUGGCGACUUCAUCUACGACAUGUUUAUGGGCGCGUGUCUAAAUCCUCGGAUUGGCCCCAUUGACCUCAAGAUGUGGCUUGAAGUACGAAUCCCUUGGGUCAUUGUUUUCUUCAUGUCAGUAUCGGGCGCGUGCAAGCAGUAUGAGCAGUAUGGUUAUGUUACUCCAAAUAUGGCUUUCAUGUGCCUUGCGACCUGGCUGUACCUCAAUGCAUGUGGAAAAGGAGAGGAAUGCAUUCCUCAGACGUGGGACAUGUUUCACGAGAAGUGGGGUUUCUUGGUGAUAUUCUGGAACUUCGCCGGCGUCCCGUUCUCGUAUAUCUACUCUGUUGUCUACAUGGCGUCUCACGAUCCGGGGAAGUACCGCUUCUCUACGCCGACUUAUGUUCUGCUCUACACCACUCUUCUGACGGCAUACUACAUCUGGGACACUGCCAUGUCACAGAAGAGUCGUUUCAAAAUGCAGACCCAAGGUAUUACCACUUACCGCAAGACGUUCCCUCAGCUACCACGGGGCACGAUCGAAAAUCCCAGCUACAUCCAGACGGCGCAUGGAAAUCGUCUCCUGACCGAUGGCUGGUGGAGAUACUCUCGCAAGCCGAACUAUGUCGCUGACUGGAUCAUGAGUCUCACUUGGGGCCUCUGCAUUGGGACAGCCUCGGGAAUCCCGUACUUUUACUCGGUCUUCUUUAUCGUUGUGUUAAUCCACCGUUGCAGCCGUGACUUCGAGAGAUGUGCCUUAAAAUACGGGAAAGACUGGGAGCGCUAUUGCUCCAUUGUCAAGUACAAGUUCAUUCCUGGUAUAUAUUAA